CUCUGCUGUUGGGUACAUGUCCCACUGCUCUGUUCCAUCUCAUAUAAGAGAAAACCAAGCCUCUAAGCCUUACAAAUCUCAAAGAGAAUUUGCAGACUUCUCUGAUUUCCCUUUAGUACUUGACUCUAUAAUUUCUUCUUCUGCUUCUUCUUCUUCUUCUUUAUUUAAAGUAAUUGUUUUGGUUCAGGAAAUAUGCCUGGAAGUUUAGAGCCUUUGGAUUUAAGUGUUCAGAUACCUUACCAUUUCAGGUGUCCGAUCUCGCUUGAGCUCAUGCGUGACCCUGUCACCGUUAGUACCGGUCAGACCUACGACCGCUCCAGUAUCGAGUCUUGGGUUGCUACCGGUAACACUACUUGUCCGGUCACUCGGUCUCCUCUCACCGAUUUCACUCUCAUCCCUAACCAUACUCUUCGCCGAUUAAUCCAGGACUGGUGUGUCGCUAACCGUGCUUUUGGUAUUGAACGCAUCCCCACCCCGAAACAGCCGGCGGAGCCGAGUUUGGUUAGGUCUUUGUUGAACCAGGCUGCGUCUGAGUCUAAUCCUUAUGAGUCUCGUCUCUCUGCUCUCCGUCGACUCAGAGGACUCGCUCGUGACUCGGACAAGAACAGGUCUGUUAUUUCUUCUCAUAACGCACGAGAAAUAUUCGUUAACCUUCUUUUUGAGAACGUUGCGAAUUCUAAUUCGACGGAUUUGAACCACGAGGCUUUGGCACUUCUGGUUAUGUUUCCGCUCACUGAGUCAGAGUGUGUGUGCAUAGCUUCAGACUCGGAGAGAAUGAUCUACUUAGCGAAUCUCUUGUUUAAUUCAUCAAUCGAAGUCCGAGUCAACUCGGCUGCACUCAUUGAAAUCGUGGUUGCCGGAACAAAAUCCUCAGAUCUUCGCGCUCAAAUCAGCAACGUAGACGAAAUCUUCGAAGGAGUAAUUGAAAUGCUAAAGAACCCUAUCUCUUAUCCUCGUGCUCUCAAGAUUGGCAUAAAAGCACUAUUCGCCUUGUGCCUCGCAAAGCAGACCAGGCAUAGAGCUGUAGCUGCCGGAGCGGCGGACGUUCUAAUCGAUAGACUGGCCGAUUUCGACAAAUGCGACGCGGAGAGAGCGUUAGCCACCAUAGAGCUGCUGUGCAGAGUGCCAGCUGGGUGCGAGGCGUUUGCGGGGCACGCGCUGACGGUGCCGUUGCUAGUGAAGACGAUAUUGAAAAUAUCUGACAGGGCAACAGAGUACGCAGCGGGAACGUUGCUAGCUCUGUGCACGGCGUCGGAGCAGAGCCAAAGGGAGGCGGUGAGCGCUGGGAUAUUAACACAGCUGUUGUUACUGGUACAGAGUGACUGUACGGAUAGGGCAAAGAGGAAGGCGCAGAUGUUGCUAAAAUUGCUUCGGGACUCGUGGCCUGAGGAAUCCUCGGGGAAUUCCGAUGAUUUUGUUUGCAGUGAGGUCGUACCAUUUUGAUGGGUAGAUCAUCCUUGUUGAUGCUCUCUUCUUUUCUUUUUCUUUUUUCUUUUUAAUUUUUCUAAUUUUUAGUUUUUAAAAAAAAGUAGAAAAAUGGAAAUUGAGUUCUAGAUCGGUACAUAGGGAGAGGGACAGAUUGUAAUUCUGUAUGUAAUUUUUUAUGUAAGAUUUUUUGCGAAGAAAGAUUUUAAGGAAACUUGAAAAGCAAACGAAAAGUUAGUUAUGUUGUUA